AUGUUCGGUCUCGAAAUCAGCAAAAAUCGGUGGGCCUACUUCUUCUGCUCCGUCUCCGCCAUCGGGGCUUUGGUCUAUGGAUAUGAUAAUACUUACUACAACGGUGUACUCGCCAUGCGAUCUUUCAAGAACCACUACGGCGAUCACUAUGAUGCGGACGGCCAGAAAGCAUUAAAUGUGUUCUUUACCUCCCUCACUGCUUCCUCUAUCUACAUCGGAGAUGCAAUUGGUGCCCUGAUCUCAGCGCCUAUUAACGACAAAUACGGACGGAAGACUACCUUUUGGUUCGCCGCCAUUUGCAUUCUCGCCGGAGGCAUCACGCAAGUGGCGGACACUCAUUACGAAGGGGUUUUGACACUUGGACGUAUCCUGAUCGGGAUUGGAAUGGGCCAGUGCACGGUCACUUUGCUUCUCUACAUUGGCGAGGUUGCGCCUCUUCACGUUCGAGGACCUGCCCUUAUGAUGUUUCAAUUCCUCCAAUCCAUCUCCCAACUCAUUGCCGCGGGCAUAACCCAGGGUACCGAAGGGAUCAACAGCACGCUUUCGUACAAGAUCCCAAUGGGCGGAUUGAUCAUCCUUCCUUUGAUGCUCUUCGCUGGACUACCAUUUAUUCCAGAAACACCUACGUGGUUUGUAAGCAAGAACAAGCAUACCGACGCCGCUCGAGCCCUGGAGAAAAUCCACAAAGGCAACCAUGAGUAUAGUGCCGCCAAAGACCUCACCGUCCUUAUAGAAGCGCGUGAGCGUGAACUUCAAAACAAGGAUCACUCAUCGUGGCUGUCUCUUGUUACCAAUCCAAUCGAGAGAAGAAAGGUCAUUUACUCGGCUGGCGCCCUCUAUUCUCAACAGAUCUGUGGCAUUUUAUUCUUUUACGUUUACGGCGUCGUUUUCGCUCAAGCCAUUGGGAUAAAACAACCAUUCAUGAUUCAGCUCAUCACCAAUAUCCUCCAGAUCUUCGCUGUUGCUGCUGCUGUCGUUACCGGAAAUAAAGUCCGCAGACGGCACAACUUGCUCGUAACCACUAGCAUGAUGCUCUGCGCCUUCCUUGUCAUCGGUGGCAUCGGAACCCAAGAGAAGCUUACUACAUCCUCGCAGUAUGUCAUCGUGGUCUUUUCCUUCGUCAUUAUUGUCGCCUUCAACUACGGACUAGGUCCUUUGGCAUACACGGUGGCUCGUGAGAUGGCUGUCGGGCCAAACCAAAACAAGAUUAUGUCGUUCUCCAUAGUCUUCUUCUACUUCAUUACGUGGCUAGUCUCCUUCACUGCACCUUACAUGUAUUAUUCGGCCGGAUGGGGUCCUAUGCUCGGUUUCUUCUAUGCUGGUACGACACUUACCUCACUUGCAUGGGUUUGGUUCUGUGUGGGUGAAACCAAUGGACGUUCAACCCUCGAGCUUUCGCUCUUUUUCGAGCAAGGUAUCCCAGUACGACAGUGGCGGACACAUGUGUUCCCUCCGCUAGAUGAGCUUGUUCAGGAGACCGAAAGGAGGAGAAGCACUGUAGUUGGAGACGGAGAGAAGAGAAGAGCCUCAGUCACUGAAGUUGUGAGGAGCGCAGUGUAG